AUGUCAAAAUUCUACUUCGACUCCCCCGCGUCGACCCCCUCCCCACCCCUCCCCCCCACCUCCUCAUACCGCAGGGCAGCCACGGAGGGGGUGGGGGUGACGGCGAGGACGACGACGACGACAACGACCCCUCCACCCUCCCUUUUCCGGCCCCGCUCUCCCGCAGCGCCUUCUCGAACCUGGAAGCGCCCUUCAAUCCCACGGAAUUCCUCGCGUCGCUAGGGAACAGGCACCAGACGCUGGAGGACUUGCGCGGGGAGUUGCGCGCGCGCAGCAGGGACCUGGAGAGGGAGCUGGUGGAGCUCGUGAACCGGGAUUACGCCGACUUUGUCGGGCUGGGGGGUAGUCUCCUGGGCGGGGAUGGGCGGGUGGUGGAUCUGAGGAUGGGUCUGCUGGGCUUUCGCAGGGAGGUGGCGGCCAUCAUGGGGGCUGUGGAGGGGGUUAGGAGGGAUGUGGAGGCUCAGGUUCGGAGGAGGAGGAGCGUUAGGAGUGAGAGGGUAUGUCGCGUUAUGUCAAUUUCCUCUUUCCUACGAUUCCAUACCUAUUUCGGUGGUUAAGGAAGGGGUGGUGAUGGUGGUGGCUGAUUCGUGCGUGGUAAUUAGACAUUGGCUAGAAACCUACUGACCUUAUCUUACCGUCUCGAUGAAUUGUCGACGUUGCUGCUUAUUCACCCCACCACCACCACCGCUGCCACUUCUACUACUCUAAUCCCCAUCCCAGAUUUUGACCAGGAAGGACCAAGCACCGGCCAUUCCUCAACACCCAGCAUUCCCCGCCUGUCCAGGAUCCUCCUGGGCUACCUGUUCGUUACGAGGAACCUGCUCCCGAGGCUACCGCAGCAGCACCCGUUCGUGAAGAUACAGAUUCCGAGGAUCGAAGUGGUCCGCAGGACGCUCUUGUUGGAUCUGGAUAGCGCUCUCAGGGAGGCUAGGUCGGGCAAGGACUCGGAAAAGGUCCUCGUGUUGCUGGGAUUUUACGCCGACUUGGGUGCCGAGGCGGAGGGCGUUCGUGCGCUCAAGGAGGGGGGGAAGAUGGGGAAGUGA